AUGGAGGUCCCUGGUCCGUCGUGCUACCAGCACAUUGUUGUCGAGGGCACGCCCUACGAGAGAGGCUUGUCGCAUGGAAGACAGGUGAGCGAGAAGGUUCGCGCCAACAUUGAGUAUUAUAAGCUUCCUGGGAAGCUACCGCAUUGGUCCAUUUCAUCUAAGAUCAUCGAAACCGUCUAUCUCCCAGCCUUUCAAAAGUUCUACCCCACCGGACUCGAAGAGAUCAGAGGGAUUGCCGAUGGCGCUGGCGUGAAGGUCGAGGACGUCAUCAUGCUUAACGCUCGAUAUGACUUGGGCAGAUGCAUGUAUCGACUUCAAGAGGGCGGUAACGUUCCACAGGAACUUGAUGGGCAUGACGAGUGCACGAGCGGCUUCUUUCCCCCGAACGCAGUUGCAUCUGGCCACGCUUUGGCCGUGCACAACUGGGACAUGUCCAGCCAUCUCUACAAACAGGACCUCAUCAUCUAUCUCGAGGUGCACCCAGAACCGUCCGAAGAUCGGCCGUCAAUGUUUAUCCUCACGGAAGCUGGUCAACUGAUUCGCAGCGGAAUGAACUCCGCCGGCAUGUCGGUUACUGCAAACUCAUUGCUGUCAAGCGAGGACUACGUACCCGUCUCCCACAUCGACCAGGAUGGUGUCUACCACGAGGUCAAGAAUCCCAAGCCAGUUCUGCCCCUCUCUGUGGCCAGACGCGUCUUUCUUGAAUACAGCAACUACGCCGAUGGCUUAGUAGCUGUCAAUGCCUUUCCCCGCCAUGUCUCCGGGAACCUGCACGUCUCGACAGCCGACGGAUUCGCAAUGGCCAUGGAGGUCGCACCCGGCCGCAUCUACAAGUUCUACGGAAACAUUGACGACCGCUAUCUUGUCCACAGCAAUCACUUUCUCAGCCCCGAAUUUCUCAGUCGCGAUCAUGUUUUUGACCGCUAUCCCGGCGGGAGCAGCUGGUUCAGAUGUUUGCAGGCUGAAAAGGGGGUAAGAGCAGACUGUGCUGUGGGGCGACUCACCUCUGAAAAGAUCAGGGUAGCCUUCUCAGAUCAUCUGGCAUAUCCUGAAAGUCUGUGCAAUCACCCGAACCUGAACCAAAAGAACACGCCCAGUGCCGUCCUCACCGGGUAUACAUCUAAGCAGAACAUGACGGUGGCUUUCGUCGUCUACAACCUGUCGGAGCGUAUAGUGACGGUCUGCAAAGGGCCUCCCUGCCAAGGAGUGCUACAGAAAUUCAAGCUACAGCAGAAAUCACAGCCCAAGGUUUGA